AUGGCAAAUAAGAUGGGGGAGAUGAGAAAUAAGCAGACCAUCCGAUGUAGCUGUUUGCUGAUCUCAGUCUCCAAGGAUGCAGGGCUUGCCUGUGGGUAUUGCCAGAACAGGGAAAUAUAACACACCACACGGCUCUCUCCCACCUCUGCAAAAGGACAGAAGCUCAGGGAAUCACUGUUUAGUCUGGAGUCGACAGACUGUUUCGUGUUUGGGCUGCUUCUCCCUCCCCACUCCUUUUUAUCUAGCUCUCCUGCAAACGCACGGAGGCUUUUGUCUGCCUCCUGCGUCCUGACACAUUUGAAGCGAGCUCCCCUUCCCUCUCUUCCCCCGUCCGCCCCUCUCGCCCCCUUCUUCCUUCUCCAGUCAGCCCUGCGGCAGGCAGGGCAGGGGCUCCCGGCUUGGCUCUUCCGCCUUCCUCGGGGCGGGAAGCAGAGGCCCCGCGCGACGCCUCCCUGCAGCCCGGUGCUGCGGAUGCAGCAGUUGCUAUAGCAGCCUCCGCCUCGCGCGGCCGUCUCCUCAGGCUCAACUUUCACCCGCUUUUUUGUGUGAGAACGAAUUGGGAGGGAAAACACACACGUAACGGUGGGUUGAGGGAGGAGAGAGAGACUGAGGUAAAACGUAGUGGAGUUGAAAUGCUGCUAAGGAAGCUGUUCUCCUGCCAACAAAGUCAAUUUGCAGCGCAGGGCUGUAAUUACCGCCCCCCCCCCCCCGCCGCCCGCUUCUCUUUCAGACGAGCGCUGUGAAGCAGAAGCAGCGGCAGCUCCUCACAGACUCUCCCCGGGCAGCUUAGUGGCUGUUCCAGAAGCCAUUGCUUAGAGAGCCCGCGCUCCCGCUCCCGCUCCCGCCCCGUCGCCAGGCGCCCUCAAGUGGAGAGGCGCCUUCCCUCGGGACUCCUCUCUUCUUCGGGAGCGGGCCAUCUUCCUUCCCGCCUUUGCUUCUGCUUCCCCCUCGUCAAAGCUCCUCCAGCGCGCUCUCUCCCUUGCAGACAAGAGAAAAGUCCUCAGAGAUGCCAAUUGCCCAUUUACUGGAGCUAUGGAAAAAGAUAGAAGUGGAAGUGGAGCCUAUGGAAACGGAGGUGAGCAGCCUAAGGCAACCGAGCGCCUUGCAUGCAGGAGCAAAAUGGGGCCAGGGACCCGUAGGAAGCUGGUUUCUCUCUUUGAGGCAACUUAUUUGUGUGUGUAGUGGGGGGGGGGGAGACUUCUUUGAGCCCAAAGGGAAAGAGUGAACACCUGUCUGGUCAGUUGGACUUUAAAGAUGUGUCUCUUCCCCCCCCUCUCUGCGUGACGUAUGCAGAGCCACUUGUUGAUACACUGGGAGAAUGGGAAGGGGAGGAAGGAAGGGAGCCUUGUGACUAGUUGUUCACAGGCACAUGCGAGAAGCGGCUCAGCUUUAAGGAACUGGCACGCGCUGUUUGCGAGCUUCUGGCCUCUGCAGUGCAGGCAGGCAGCUUCAGCUUGGCAGGAUUUCUGCAUUAGUCCUCGGAGAAGGCGGGACCAGCCCUACGUGUGCCCAAAGUUGGUGCCUUGUGUUCAUCCAGCACCAGAGACAGCUGCAUCUUGUUCCUCUAAGUUGCCUUUUUGUGUAUGGGCUUGCCUUUCCCUGCGACCACAAAGAGAUGGCCCUUGCCUUAGUUAGGAUUGAACAACUCAUAGGAUAGCAAGGUUUCUGGCCCUUGGGGCAACUGUUUGGUGUAAAGUUGCUUGUACUGGGAGUCGGGGACAGUUUGCAUCUUUUCCUUUUGUUGCGUAGCACCACUAACAGGUGCAUGGACAGUUGCCAUGCAUAUGUGCCCUCAGAAUUACAAAGAGUUGUGAUCAACCCUCUUCCUUAAGAGUAAAUAACAGUGAACAGGAAAUAUCCAGACUUGAUAGUUUAAUUUCCUUCUUCAACAAGUGUGUGUGUGUGUGUGUGUGUGUGUGUUGCCUUCUGUCACCCAAAGGAAGAAACUAGUGAUUGGUUCUCUUUUUAUGCCACUUGUUUGGGAAACUGCACUUCAUUGGUGCAUCUCUGUCAAAAUGCAAUACAUUCAGUUGCAUGUCCUCAUGACUAUUCAGUAGUUUAUAUGAAAUUACCUGUUUCUCUGAGCUAUCAGCAUCACACAAAGCUACUUUGAUGACCUGAAAAUUCCUUAUCACAGAAUGCUUUUUAAAUGGGGUGAGUGUUAAUACCUAACAGUGCAACAAAUUAAUAAUAAUGGGGCUGCGUCUGAUACCUGAACUUACAAUAGGUGCUUGUUAUCAUGGGUAACAAGUUGGCUAUGCUACAGCAUCUUUACUAUGGUUCUGCAGGCAGAUAUACUAGCUAAAAUGUUCUGGAAGAGAGGUGGAUGAAUAUAAAUUUCUCAUCCCUCUUAUUUUGGUAGCAGCCACAGAGGACUUUACCAACUAACCUUAAGCUUGUAGAUGUCACUGUUUGAUGUAUAAAGCAAUUGUGCACAGCACAACUCUAGUGAGAUUCUGACUGAGCAAGUGAUCUCAAGACUACAAUAUUCCUACUCUACAGCAGUUCAGUGGAAUGUGAUGGUAACACUGUAGAGAAUACAGGACGGCAGCCUGAGUAUUUCAGAUUUUUUUCCUGCUUCAGUCAUUCAUACAUUGAAUGGUUGAAGUAGCCUUGUCACCACAGCAUUAAAACAUGUAUGAAAAUAAAGCAAACAAUAAUUGGGCAGGAAAAAAAACAAUUUUUAAAAUAAUGUUAACAAGCCUUCAGUAUCUUGUGAAUAUCAGAUACACAAAGCAGUGCCAUUUAGCUUUUAUUUUAUAGGGUUUCAAAGGAACUGGUUUAUGGGUGUCUGUGGACUUCAAGGUUCUUUGGCUGGGACAGUGAGCACCACCACACAAUGUUGGUGGGUGCCAUCUUUCAUUCUGCUUCAUCUUAUUUAUUUAAAAUCACCAUCUCUGACUCAAAAACAUUAAGGUAGUUACACCUCUUCUAAAAUGGUACAUGACACCUGCUGGCACUGCAUGAUGAUGCAUGUAUGCAUCAUAGCAGACAGAUACCACGUUAGAAGAGACAUCCUGUCACGUGAAAGAAAAGGGAUAAUACUCUUCUAAGAUGAUGGCAUUGGCUGUUUACAUUUUUUUUCAGUACUAACAGUAAAAUACUAGGUUUAAAGCCACUCAAAAAGGUUUAAUCUGUUAAUCUAAUUCGUUAAUCAAAUGUAGCGUCCCUAGUCCUAUAUCCCUAGUGAGAUAUUGGAUUCGAUUGUUGGGUCAAGAAUGUCCACAAAUAUAGAACUUUGGGGGUAUAGUAUUGUUGUGUGUACUGCAUGAUCAAGGAAAUCUGCAGUCCUGUUUUACAGGCAAGAAUGAGACAUGAAUGGGGUAUUAAUUUUAACAUCAGAAUUCAGCUUCUACCAUUAUUCAUAUGAUAUAAUACCUUCUAAUGAGCUAUACCUAAGCAACAGAUGUAGCAUUUGGGAGGUUUGUCCUUUUAAAACCCUAGCCCAAAUGGUACGAGCUAUGCUCAAAACUGGUUGUGUUUUAUGUUCUCCCUCAGAGAAAGGUUUUGUUGUUUUCCAGCUUUACAAAAUACAGUCUGUCUUGAUUUCAAGUCAACAAGAUUAUUCAUAAUCUUGUAAUGUUAAUUGAACAAGUCUGUUCUCGAUUAUUCACCCAUACUUUUGCAUACCCCCCCCAGUAAUUAUUCAGACAUAAGCAUGCUUACUUAGGAAGCGAUUCCCACCAAAAGGGAUGAGACUUCACAUAAACAUGUUUUAAGACCUUUGGAUGUUUCCAUACAGGUGUUUAGCACUGUAAACAGGUUGUUGAGAUAUCACAAAUUGAUCAUUGGUAAACAGUUUGGUUUAUUUAUUUAUUUAUUUAUUUAUCGGAUUUUCACUGGAAAGGGUAGGUCUGAAUUACAUGUGGGUGAUAACAUGGGCUGGCAUUUUGACAACAGUGUUUUGUGGAUGGAUGCUGCAAAAAACGUGCAUGCACACAGAAUGCCCACCCCACAAUAAAUACCCAUUUGGAAAUACCCUUUGUAUCUUUUCACUCAUGCUGCUUUCUCUUUAUUUUUAUUUUUAUCUCUUAUCUUCCUUUGACUUGAUUGGAAUAUUUUCUUAAAUAAAUGCAUAAAUUACAGUCUCAUGCACAUAAAAAACAAACUUUUAUUCAGUACCUUAUACUGUGCUUACAAAAGAAACAGGUGUAGAUGUAAUAUCAUACCAUAUCCAGGAGGCAAAGAUUGUGCACGUAUCCUGACCCCUACAAAAAGUGUACACUCCACUAACGUUAGUUAAUUCGUUAAUUAUUCCAUACAUUCAUUACCCAACCUUCACAAAUGAUCCUACUGUAUAUUAAAACAGUACAACAGUAAAAUACACCAAAUACACAAAUAAUGAAUCACGAAAACAACAGUAAAACUAUUAAAUAAGGAUGAACAGUAAUCAGACAUUUUUAAAAGUCUGGAUAAAAAACUAUGCCCAAAGCUUCUUGGGUCUGGGGGCCACUGAGAAGACAUAGGGCUACCAUAUGUCUGGAUCUUCCCGGACAUUACUGGAAUUUCAAAGGUGGAUUUUAUGUCUAGGGGGAAUUUUCAAAAGGUAGCACUUUGUCCUGGAUCUUAGGCAAGUCAAUCGAAAAAUCGCAUUUUUAGGGGUGUCCUGGUUUUUACUUUUUGAAAUAUGGCAACCCUGUCUUACAUGGUGCCAUCCCAUAGACCUCUGAGGGCACUGGUAUUUCCAAUGAGGUCUCCUUUGCCAAUGUUUAUUUCCAGGCUGGUUUAUAAAGAAUGAGGUGAUCUUUCAGGUAUUUUGCGACCCAAGCUGUUUAUACAGUAUGUCAGUACCUUAACCUGUCCCUGAAAACAAAUAGGCUACCAGUGCAGUUCUAGCAGAACUAGUGUAAUAUAAGUCCUUCUAGCUGUGCCAGUCUGCAGUCUGGCAGCUGCAUUUUGCACUAGUUGUGACUUCAGUCAUAUUCAGGGGAAGCCCCACAAACUGUGCAUUGCAAUAAUUCAGUCUAGAGAACCCAGAACAUAGAUCACAGUUACCAGGUCAUCCCUUGAUGGCACUUUCAUAGAAUCAUAGAAUUAGAGUUGGAAGGGACCCUGAGGGAAUCUAGUCCAACCUCCCACAAUGCAGGAAUCUCAACUAGAUCAUACAUGACAGAUUACUAUCCAACCUCUGCUUUAAAACGGCUAAGGAAGGAGAGUCCACAAUGUCCUAAGGUCUGUCGAACAGCUCUUACCAUUACAAAGCCUUUCUUUUGGUGCUGAAUCACACUGUUGAUACUAAGACCUCUAGAUACUUUUCACAUGCACUGCUGGCAAGCCAGGUGUUUCCCAUCUUAUAUUUGGCAGCUGGUAUUUCCUGCCUAAAGAGGUGGCAAGAAUACACAGAGGAAUUAUACCAGAAAGAUAUGGAUGGAUUGUACACCCCAGGUAGUGUGGUGGCUGACCUUGAGCCAGACAUCCUGGACAGUGAAGUCAAAUGGGCCUUAGAAAGCACGGCAAAUAACAAGGCCAGUGGAAGUGAUGGUAUUCCAGCUGAACUACUUAAAAUUUUAAAAGAUGAUGCUGUUAAGGUGCUACACUCAAUAUGCCAGCAAGUUUGGAAAACUCAGCAGUGGCCAGAGGAUUGGAAAAGAUCAGUCUACAUCCCAAUCCCAAAGAAGGGCAGUGCCAAAGAAUGUUCCAACUACCGCACAAUUGCACUCAUUUCACACGCUAGCAAGGUUAUGCUUAAAAUUCUACAAGGAAGGCUCAAGCUGUAUGUGGACCGAGAACUCCCAGAAGUGCAAGCUGGAUUUAGAAGAGGCAGAGGAACCAGAGACCAAAUUGCAAACAUGCGCUGGAUUAUGGAGAAAGCUAGAGAGUUUCAGAAAGACAUCUACUUCUGCUUCAUUGACUAUGCAAAAGCCUUUGACUGUGUCGACCACAGCAAACUAUGGCAAGUUCUUAAAGAAAUGGGAGUGCCUGAUCACCUCAUCUGUCUCCUGAGAAAUCUCUAUGUGGGACAAGAAGCUGCAGUUAGAACUGGAUAUGGAACAACUGAUUGGUUCAAAAUUGGGAAAGGAGUACGACAAGGCUGUAUAUUGUCUCCCUGCUUAUUUAACUUAUAUGCAGAAUUCAUCAUGCGAAAGGCUGGGCUGGAUGAAUCCCUAGCCGGAAUUAAGAUUGUCGGAAGAAAUAUCAACAACCUCAGAUAUGCAGAUGACACAACCUUGAUGGCAGAAAGUGAGGAGGAAUUAAAGAACCUUUUAUUGAGGGUGAAAGAGGAGAGCGCAAAAUAUGGUCUGAAACUCAACAUCAAAAAACCGAAGAUCAUGGCCACUGGUCCCAUCACCUCCUGGCAAAUAGAAGGGGAAGAAAUGGAGGCAGUGAGAGAUUUUACUUUCUUGGGCUCCAUGAUCACUGCAGACGGUGACAGCAGCCGCGAAAUUAAAAGACGCCUGCUUCUUGGGAGAAAAGCAAUGACAAACUUAGACAGCAUCUUAAAAAGUAGAGACCUCACCUUGCCGACAAAGGUCCGUAUAGUUAAAGCUAUUGUUUUCCCAGUAGUGAUGUAUGGAAGUGAGAGCUGGAUCAUAAAGAAGGCUGAUCACCGAAGAAUUGAUGCUUUUGAAUUAUGGUGCUGGAGGAGACUCUUGAGAGUCCCAUGGACUGCAAGAAGAUCCAGCCUAUCCAUUCUGAAGGAAAUCAGCCCUGAGUGCUCACUUGGAAGGACAGAUCCUGAAGCUGAGGCUCCAAUACUUUGGCCACCUCAUGAGAAGAGAAGACUCCCUGGAAAAGACCCUGAUGUUGGGAAAGAUCACAAGGAGCACAAGGAGAAGGGGACAACAGAGGACAAGAUGGUUGGAUAGUGUUCUCGAAGCUACCAGCAUGAGUUUGACCAAACUGCGGGAGGCAGUGGAAGACAGGAGUGCCUGGCAUGUUCUGGUCCACGGGGUCACGAAGAGUCGGACACGACUAAAUGACUAAACAACGACAACAUUUCCUGCUUAACUGUUGAACCUGAUAUUUGUCCCUAUUGAAAUUCAUUUUGUUAGUUCUUCAAUCCGCAAGGUCAUCUUGAAUCCUGAUUCUGUCUUCUCUGGCAUUGGCUACCCCUCCCAGUUUGGUGUCAUAUGCAGAUUCGAUGAGCAUCCCCUCAAUAUCUCCAUCCAAGUUGUUUAUAAAGAAGUUGAACAACAAUAGGCCCAGGACAGAACCCUGUGGCACCCCACUUAUCACUUUUCCUCAGGUUGAUUAGGAACCAUUAGUGACUACUCUUUGUGUUCAGUCAGUCAACCAGUUACAAAUCCACCUAACAGUUAUCUUGUCUAGUCCACAUUUUACCAGCUUCUUCACAAGAAUACCAUGGGGCACUUUGUCAAAAGCCUUACUGAAAUCAAGAUACGAUAUGUCCAGAGCAUUCCCCUGAUCCACCAGGCUAGUAACUCUAUCAAAAAAAGAAAUGAGAUUUGUAUGGCAUGACUUACUUUUUAGAAACCCAUGCUGGGUAUUAGUAAUCACAGCAUGUUUUUCUAAGUGCUUACAGACCCACUGCUUAAUUAUCUGUUCUAGGACCUUUCUUGGAAUAGACAUCCAGCUGACCAGUCAGUAGUUAUCUGGAUCCCGCCCCCCCCCCCCAUUUUGAAGAUGGAAACAACAUUUGCCUGCCUCCAGUCCACAGGGACCUCACCUGUUCUCCAAGAAUUCUCAAAGAUUAUAGAAAGAUGCGCUGAGAUUACAUCUGCAAGCUCCUUUAGUACCCUUGAGUGCAGCUCAUCAGGCCUUGGAGAUCUGAAUUCAUUUAAAGUAGCCAAGUGCUCCCUUACUACCUCUUUUUUAUCUUGGGCUGCAGUUCCUUCCUUGCAUCAUUUAUUCUGUCAUCACCAUGUUAGGCACUGACAGGCCUUUGAUUCAGUCUUAUUCAGCAGGGUCUUCUUAUGAACCAUGAACCAGUUAUUGGCUUUUAUCCUAAUCUACCUCACAAGGAUACCGUUUUGAAGAAGGGCAAGAUAAAAACAUGACAGAUAAAAUAAUAUUGCUAUGAUCACUCACCGAUUCUGUGUUGUUUUUAGCCACUGAAUGAAAUAAAUCCUGUUAUAUGCAAUAGUGUUAUGAUAGCCUUGGGGGUUAUUUUGUUUAAAAAAGAACAAUUUACAUAUUUGAUGUGCACUUUAAUGGUUUCUCAGAUUUACAGUGUCUUCAUAACAUUUCUCUUCUCUCUUUUUAAUUACCAGCCGGCAGCAGAAGAUGCCAGCCUGGAUGAGGGCUUGGAUGAGUCUACAAAUGAGGUAAUUCCAUUUGUUAUGCCCACUUCAUUAAAAAAAAGAAAUACUGAAGAUGCUUAG